UGGCCGCGGGGCGGCAGCACUUGUGCGUUGUGUCAGUGGAGCGCGUUCGGUUGUCGAUGCGCGGACGGCGGAGUGCGCAUGCGCGCGCGCGCUCACCUCGCCUGGGUGUGUCCGCCGGUGGGAGCAGGUAGUGCCGCAUUUUGGUUCUCAGCUGCGUGGACGAUGGCGCGCGUCGUGUCGGUGCUGCUCUUCUUCUUGGGAUGUUGCGCGGCGCAGGACAUUUUGCCGCCGGGCCCCGUGGACGCCGUCGUGGGAAAGAACGUGACGUUCCUCACCCUGCUGGACAAGCCCGCCUUCACCUUCAUCAUCUGGAACUUCGAAAACACCCACGUCCUCACCCUCAGCGCCACUUCCGUCCUCGUGAACAAGCCCUACGAGGGCCGCGUGUCCGUGGACGAGCAGAACGGCUCGCUGCACCUGGGCGCGCUCACCAAGGACGACAGCGGGGACUACAGCGUGUCCGUCGUGUCCGCGGACGGCGCCACGGACACCGACGGGAUCCAGCUGCGCGUCGCCGAGUCCUUGGUCAUCAGAUCCAGCGUCACCGAGGCCGUGGAACACAACGACACGGUGGUCCUGACCUGCGCCGCCAUCGGCUCCUUCCAGAAGUUCACCUGGCUCAACGGGACCACGCCCAUGGUCGUGGACGGCAAGCGCCUGGUGCUCAAUGAGAACGACACGUCCAGCCAGCUGACCAUCGCCGGCGUUCUCCGGACCGACCUGCCGGGACCCGUCUACUGCACGGCCACAAAUAAGGUGGACACGGAGAAGAGCGCCCCCUUUAGCCUCCUGGUCCACUACGGCCCCGACCCCAUCGCCCUCACGCCCGCGGACGUGCCGCGGUUCGUCCGAGCCGGCGCCGACUUCAAUCUGACGUGUUCCACGCGGUCCAGCCCGGCCGCCACCAUCACGUGGUACCGGAACCAGACCGUGCUGGAGAUUGCGGGGCCCGUCCUGCCGCUGAGUGUGGUGCAGCAGCACCCCCUGUGGCAGCACAUGUCCACCUACACCUGCAGGGCCGCCAACGCCAAGACUCUGCGCCAAGUCUCCUCGCGCGGCGCCCCCUUCUCAGUCAUCGAACCGGUGUUGGGCGUCAAUAUGAGCGGUCCAAGCGGCGUGUUGAUGGCGGGCAACAGUACUGCCAACCUCAGUUGUCGGGCAACAGCGGGCACAGUGACGACCCGGACUUGGCUGAAGGACGGUAAGCCAGUGGUGGGCGGCGGGCGCGUGACGCUGGCAGCCGACGGCGGCUCAGUGAUGAUUGCGCCGCUGCAAAAGGAGGACAACGGCGAGUACCAGUGUCAGUUCGCCAACCCAGUCAGCAGCCAGAAAGCUUCGUACAAAAUGGUGGUCAUCUUUGGCCCUGAGGCGGUGGCGGUGAGCGGCAAGAGUGCGGUGGAGGUGAAGGACGCCGUGACGCUCACUUGCUCGGCUGCUUCCGUUCCCCCUGCCAACUUCACGUGGAAGUUCAACGGCACGCUGACCGAGGUCAAAACGGCGACGUACGUCAUCGGCGAGGCCGUGUACAAGAACACGGGCGCCUACAUGUGCCAGGCCCACAACGCCGCCACCGGCAAGACCGCCAUGCACACGCACAACCUGUCCGUCAAAGAGGAGGGCACGCUGCAAGGUGUCCUGUCGGACGGUGCCAUCGCCGGAAUCAUCAUCGGCAUCCUGGUGGCCUUGGGCCUGGCCAUCGGCGUCAUCUUAUACUGCAGACAGAAAGUUCCGGUGGAGUCCCCGUACUAGUGAGCGUCGUGCACGCUGAUGCCGGAGGCACUGGUCCAGACCCCCCGUCUCCCUCCCCCCGUCCCUGUCGACAGAAACGUAGCUCGUUUGCUGGGCUGAGCGGCUGUCAAUCAUCUGAUAUUUGCCUUCACCACCUCACCGCCUAUUUGGCCCCGCCCACAGCUGGGCAGGAUGCCGAACCAAUCCGUUGCAUCGAUGAUGGACUUUGUGACUGUCUGGAAGCCAGAAGACACACACACCCUGUGGUGGGCGGAGUCUAAGCCUUGUCACAUUCCAAAGAAUUUGAAAUGUAUUUUGAUCCCGAGGAGACACACACCCUGUGGUGGGCGGAGUCUAAGCCUCGUCGCAUUCCAAAAAAUUUGAAAUAUAUUUUGAUUGUUUACUAGUGUUUAUUAUAGCACAUCAUAUUACUUCCUUUUGACCGCACUCAUACUUCCUUUUGACCACAUUUUUACUUCCUUUUGACCACAUUUUAUCUCCCCUUUAACCAAACUCUUACUUCCUUUUGACCGCACUCUUACUUCCUUUUAACUGAACUCUUACUUCCUUUUGACCGCAGUCUUACUUCCUUUUGACCACACUCUAACUUCCUUUGGACCCCACUCUUACUUCCUUUUAACUGCACUCUUACUUCCUUCUGACUGCACUAUUACUUCCUUUUGACCGCAGUCUGAAUUCCUUUUGACUGUAGUCUUACUUCCUUUUGACCGCAGUCUUACUUCCUUUUGACACCACUCUUACUUCCUUUUAACCGCAGUCUUCCUUCUGACCGCACUAUUAUUUCCUUUUGACCGCAGUCUGAAUUCCUUUUGACUGUAGUCUUACUUCCUUUUGACCGCACUAUUAUUUCCUUUUGACCGCAGUCUGAAUUCCUUUUGACUGUAGUCUUACUUCCUUUUGACCGCACUAUUAUUUCCUUUUGACCGCAGUCUGAAUUCCUUUUGACUGUAGUCUUACUUCCUUUUGACCGCAGUCCUACUUCCUUUUGACACCACUCUUACUUCCUUUUAACCGCAGUCUUCCUUCUGACCGCACUAUUAUUUCCUUUUGACCGCAGUCUGAAUUCCUUUUGACUGUAGUCUUACUUCCUUUUGACCGCACUAUUAUUUCCUUUUGACCGCAGUCUGAAUUCCUUUUGACUGUAGUCUUACUUCCUUUUGACCGCAGUCGGAAUUCUUUUUGACCAUAGUCUUAUUUCCUUUCGACCGCAGUCUUACUUCCUUUUGACCGCACUAUUAUUUCCUUUUGACCGCAGUCUGAAUUCCUUUUGACUGUAGUCUUACUUCCUUUUGACCGCAGUCUUAAUUCUUUUUGACCAUAGUCUUAUUUCCUUUUGACCGCAGUCUUACUUCCUUUCCAUCGCAGUCUUACAUCCUUUUGAAGUUGUACUUCCGUUUGACCACACUCUUACUUCCUUUUGACAACACUCUUACUUCCUUUUGACCAGUUUUACAUCCUUUUGACAACACUCUUACUUCCUUUUGACCGCAGUCCUACUUCCUUUCGACACCACUCUUACUUCCUUUUAACCGCAGUCUUCCUUCUGACCGCACUAUUAUUUCCUUUUGACCGCAGUCUGAAUUCCUUUUGACUGUAGUCUUACUUCCUUUUGACCGCACUAUUAUUUCCUUUUGACCGCAGUCUGAAUUCCUUUUGACUGUAGUCUUACUUCCUUUUGACCGCAGUCUGAAUUCUUUUUGACCAUAGUCUUAUUUCCUUUCGACCGCAGUCUUACUUCCUUUUGACCGCACUCUUAAUUCCUUUUGACCGCAGUCUUACAUCCUUUUGAAGUUGUACUUCCGUUUGACCACACUCUUACUUCCUUUUGACCACAGUUUUACUUCCUUUUGACAACACUGUUAAUUCCUUUUGACCGCACUCUUACUUCCUUUUGACAACACUGUUACUUCCUUUUGACCACAGUUUUACUUCCUUUUGACAACACUGUUAAUUCCUUUUGACCGCACUCUUACUUCAUUGACUACACUCUUGCUUCCGUUCUGGAAACCUGACAAACACACACACACACACGCGCACACACACACACACACACACACAGUGAAACCGUGGUGGGCGGAGUCUAAGCUCCUGCACAUUCCAAAGAAUGGGAUUUAUAUUUUGAUUAUUUAGUAGCGGUCGUCAUUCAAUAAUGGCGACAUUAAAAUGUUUUUAAGGUUGACUUUGUCGCCACAAGCAGCUGACCUCUCGCUCCACUCGGCUCCGGCGGGGACAGUGAUGAGGAAGAUGAAGCGUUGCUAUGGCUACCUGCCGCCUCUCAGGUGGUCAUGGGGGCCUCCAGCUCAGUGGAAUGUUUCCGACAAGACGGAACUUGCUGAGGGCGGCGACGCACGUUUGACUUUUGGAGGGAGAUCUUCCAACGUUUGACAUUUUCUUGGAUCCUUGGGAGGAUUUCAUGUUGUGUGUGUGUGUGUGUGUGUGUGCGUGCGCGUGUGUGUGUCAGACCCGUACGUGCACUGACCUACAGGGAAAGUAUUUAUUGUUUUUACAAACUUAAGCUGAAAAUCCUCGCUGGUGUGCGAUGGCGUGUUUGCUUUUCUUAUGUAAAUAAAGAUGUCACAUGAUUUGGAAACGCACGCACAUCAGAACUCAGAAUUGUGUAAAUGUAACCUUUGAUAACUCCAUGUUGUUGUUGUUGACACUUUGCUCACUGGGGAUGUUUUUGUCAACACUUUCAAAGAAUAAAAAGUACAAUAUG